AUGGGCUUUUUGCAAAAGCAGCAGCGGCCAGAGGAUGUAAUCCAAACAGCCCCAGAUGAAGAUAUUGAGAAAAUUGCUGUGCCCGCUCACGAGGAGAAAUCGCCCACUGCAAUCUUGCCGGCGAUUGACCCUGAGUUAGAGCGUCGGGUGGUAAGGAAGCUGGACUGGCGUGUCCCAACGUUACUGGGAUUCUUAUAUCUCCUCGCUUUCCUCGAUCGAAGUAACAUUGGCAAUGCCAAAAUCGCCGGCAUGGAAAAGGACCUCGGCCUUAAUGGAAAAAGCUACGCCUGGCUCUUGACAAUCUUCUAUAUUUCAUAUACAUUGUUUGAAUUCCAAGCCCUGAUGUGGAAGAUUGUCAAACCACACCAAUGGGCUGCCUUUGUGGUGUUCUCCUGGGGAUUGAUGGCAACGUGUCAGACAGCGGCCACUAAUUGGCAAGGUAUGAUGGCGCUCCGGUUCCUGAUGGGCGUCUUCGAGGCUGGCUUUGGUCCUGGUGUGCCCUAUUUGCUGUCAUUCUUCUACCGCCGCCACGAGCUAGGUCUCCGAUGCGGUAUGUUUCUGUCUGCCGCGCCGCUGGCAAAUACUUUCGCCGGUGCUUUAGCCUAUGGUAUUACUUCCCGACAUGCUGCGUUGGCAAACUGGCGACUGCUGUUCCUGGUAGAGGGUGUUCCUGUGUGCGCGGCUGCGGUGCUGGCUUGGUUCUACUUGCCGGAUAGCCCACUGGAAGCUAGGUUCCUGACCAAGGAAGAGAAAGAUGUUGCACGCGCUCGUGCACUGCAACAAUCUGGUGAGCCGCAUCGCACAGGCAAAGUCCAAUGGAAGGAAUUAGCCAUGACGCUUCUCGAUGUAAAAGCAUGGAUCACAGCAUUAAUGUACUUCAGCUGUAACGUCAGUUUCUCUUCUCUCCCCGUGUUCCUACCCACCAUUCUCAAGGAGAUGGGCUUCACGGCCAUCAACGCUCAGGGGCUCACCGCACCUCCAUUCUUCGCCUCAUUCCUAGCGACGAUCGCAACCACCUGGGUGGCAGAUCGCAUGCAACAACGUGGAUUGAUGAUCACGGCUUUAUCAAUGGUGGGUGGUGUGGGGUACAUUCUAUGCGCAACUUGCACAUCAGUGGGUGUUCGAUACUUCGGUGUAUUCUUGGCGGCCUGUGGGGUCUUCCCCUCGAUCGCCAAUAUUCUGCCAUGGGUUUUGAACAAUCAGGGCUCCGAUACUCGUCGUGGUGGCGGUAUCAUUCUGUUGAACCUGAUCGGCCAGUGUGGUCCUUUCCUGGGCACCAAUAUUUUCCCAGAUAGACAAGCUCCAAGGUAUAUAACUGGCAUGGCCAUCUGUGCUGCUUUUAUGUUCUUCACUGCACUCCUCGCUUUAUGCCUGCGUGUGCUCCUGGUAUGGGAGAACCGGUGUCUUGACAAGAAGUAUGGGCCUCGCGAAGACCCGACAAAAUGGGUGGACACCCCGGUAGCGGAGGAUAAUUACGGUGCCAAUUACCGUUUUGUGCUAUGA